AUGAAUCCAAGUCCAAUAACGAUUGAUCUCAUCUUGGAGAUAUUGUCGAGAUUGCCUGCAAAAUCAGUCCGGAGGUUUCAUUGCGUGUCGAAGCGAUGGGCAUCAAUUUUUGGUAGUCCAUAUUUCAAGGAGUUGUUCCUGACCAGGUCCUCGACUAAGCCGCGCCUCUUAUUCGCCAUCGCAGAGAAAGGCAACAAAGAGAAAGACUGUGUGUGGAGGUUCUUCUCGUCGCCACAGCUUGAGAAUCCAUAUGAGAAAUCCUCAUCGACUCUUGUAGCAACCGCUGAAUUUCAUGUGAGAUUCUCUCCAGACAAUCUACUGAUCUGUCAUUAUUAUGACCUAAAAUAUUUUUCAAUUGGUUAUGCCUUUGGCUUGAUCUAUAUCUAUGGUAAUCGAGGCCGGGCUAGACCUCUAAUAUGUAACCCCACUACAGGACGGUAUGCCAUCUUACCUAAUCGGUAUACUUACAGAAAGGCGUUUAGCUUUUUCGGGUUUGACCCAAUUGACAAGCAAUACAAGGCAUUGUCCAUGGUUUAUCCAUCUGGUCCUGGUCAUAGUAGAGUUAUUACAUUUGGAGCUGGAGAUCUGAAGUGGAGAAGGAUAAAAUGUUCAUUGCGACAUGAUAUUAAGAGUGAAGGGGUAUGUAUCAAUGGGGUUUUGUAUUACUUAGGUGACACGUCGGAUUGGAGUCGCGUUAAUGGUAAUCACGUAACGUCUGGUUAUAUGAUAGUUUGCUUUGAUGUUAGGUCUGAAAAAUUCACCUUUAUUGACGUAAAAAGGUUUUGUCGAUUGAUAAACUACAAGGGCAAAUUAGCUGUGAUUUAUUGGGAGGAUGAUGUCGACAUUCAAGAGCUUUAUUACAAAAAGGGUAUAGAUGUCGAGGAAUAUGUGGAGAAUAAUGUCAACGCUGAUGCCACUAAUGAGUUGUGUGUGUGGAUUCUAGCGGAUGUUGAGAAACAGGAAUGGUCGAAACAUGCCUACACUUGGACCGAUGAAAAGUUCUUCCGUCGUUUGGUAUCCAUCGCUGGAGUGACUGCUUCGGGUGAAAUAGUGUUUUCGAUGCGCAAGUGUAAUCCUAAACAACCGUUUUAUGUGUUUUACUUCAAUCCCGAAAGGAACAGUCUCCAACGUGUUGAAAUUCAAGGUUUUGGUGAAGCCGUUACGAAAUCUUGUGACGUUUGCACCUUUGUAAACCACGUAGAGGAUCUCAAUGUUUACGAUUUAAAACAACUCAAGUCAGUCCAUCCUCCAUUGGUCGAGCCAGAAUAUUAUGAUUCAGAUUAAGAGUCAGACUGAGAAGGGACAAGGAGAAGAAGACUGACAAGUGACAAGGAUAAGGAGAUAGAGACGAGCCAGGUGAAAGCAAUGGGCAUGCCAUUUUAUGCUCUUACUUAUGCGUUUUUUUUUUAAAUC